UGAUAACCUUGAAGAAAUGUGUAGUUAUAAACACAUUCAAUACCUAGAUUAACAGUCAUGCGAUGUGUGCACUUACUUGGUUAUAAAAGAUUAAUGGAAGGACUGGUUGAAUUAUAAAUGGUUCAAGAGUCUUGAAAGCCAAACAAUUGAACUACCAUACGUGCAGAGUCUAGUUAAACUACAGAGUCUAGUUAAACUGAAGACAGAGCUCUCUUUCAAGAGGUGAAGUCGAACGAAUGCAAAGGGUACAUUUGAACUGAAUCAGAUUUAUCUCCGCAUAAAAUGUAUACAAUGUAUACAGAAAACUAAAAGGCUAUCCUGUUAUGUAAAAGGCUCAAGGAAUCACAUGUAUUUAUCUCACUGGGACGACAUUAAGAGGACCACCUUAAGAAAAUAACAUUACACUGUAAGAACGUACAAGUGAAAGGCAGAACAAUGAGACUGGUGCUUAUCGUAAUCCUGUGCCUGGUGCCAGCUGAAUCAGGCAAGAUUGCAGUCUUCCCAUAUGGCCAGGGAUUUAAUUCAAGGCUCAUGAACAUGGAAAAAAUAAUAGGCAUGUUGGCUGAUGAUGGACAUUCAGUGACGAUGAUAAUUAGUAGCGUAUAUGAUGAAACUACAAGACCUCUACACAACACUGCAAAAGUUAUGAAAUAUCCAGCACCGGUUAAUACCCUAUUGAUAACUGACAAAGAAUUUUUGGAUCAAAUCAACAAGGCAUCAUCUGAAUUAGAGAUGCCUCAAAUAUUUAUCAAAACGCAGGUGAACUUUUGUGAGAGUUUACUCAAAAAUGGCCUCAUGGAAAAACUUAAAAUGGAAAACUUCGAGCUCCUGAUUCUAGACUAUGCAGACUACUGUUCUAGAUUUUUAAAUGAUUAUUUGGAUAUUCCAACAAUAGUGUACUCCAAUUUUGGUCCAAUAUCUGAGGGUGAAAUAGGUUUUCCAUCAACCACUUCUUAUAUUCCCACAUUUAUGGUAGGAUUUCAAGAUACUAUGACAUUCUGGGAGAGAUUGCAGAAUUUGUUAAGCUACAGUGCGUAUGAGUUUAUAGGACGUGAAUUAUUCAUGAAGGAAUUCCGUAAAUUGCGCCAAAAAUAUGACUACAACAGAACUCUUAGUUUAUGGGAUUCUCACAAGAGGGCAGCUCUGUAUAUGAGUCAUGCGAAUCAUGCCUUGGACUUCCCACGUCCUUUAAUGCCAAACCAUAUAUAUGUUGGAGGCAUGUUUUUCUCUCCUAAAAAAUACAUCAAACCUUCUCUACAAAAAAUCAUAUAUGACUCUGCGCCACAUGGCGUGAUCCUUAUGAGUUUUGGGACCCUACUUUCUCAUAUGGCCAUUGAAAAAGCUGAAAUUUUUGCAAAGGUAUUUGCUCAGUUACCUCAUACAGUUAUAUGGAAAUAUGAAGGCAUAACACCAGAAAAUCUUGCUAAUAACACCAUAUUGAUGAAAUGGUUACCACAGAAUGAUAUCCUUGGGAACACAAGAACGAAACUGUUCAUAUCUCAUUGUGGUAUAUCUAGCUUGUAUGAAGCCGUCAACCAUGCAGUUCCUACUCUAGGGAUACCUUUCAUGUUUGACCAGGAUACAAACGCAGCUAAGAUCAUAACAAGAUACAACAUUGGACUAGUUGUUAAAUUCAAAACAAUCACAGAAGAGAGUAUUUAUAAUGCCAUUAAAGCUAUGCUUGAAAAUAAAGUCUAUAAAGACAAUGCUGUUGAACUGUCAAAAAUGGCAAAAGAUACUCCUGUGACGCCAAAAGCAACAUUUCUUUAUUGGGUGAACUUUGUUUUACGACAUAAAGGACCAGGUCAUUUGAGAUCUAAACCUGCUUAUGAGAUGUCUUGGAUUCAAUACUUUUCAUUGGAUGUGAUAGCAUUUGUUUUAACUGUGUGUUUGAUAAUCUGCACAAUUGUUGCAUUCAUACUGAGAUGUAUAUGUAAAUGCAUAUGUAGAUCUAAAACUAAGUUAAAGAAACACUGAUCAUAAUGAUGCAUGCCUCAUUAGACAUUUAUAAUUACAAUAAAUGAUCUCACCACAAGGUGACUUACUAGGGUCAGUUGUCAUAGAGGACAUACAAAAAGUCUCUCAAAAACUUCCUACUGGCAUCCAUUUUAAUGUAUAAAAUGUGACUUCAUUUGUAGUUUUUGGUAUAUCCAAAAAACAAUUUAUUUUGACUUGAAUUGAAAAUUUUGACUUUUCAAUUUGGUAAAUCACUGUACAUGUAAUAUGGCAAAAACACCUAACCUCAGCAACAUAGGCCAUUGUAGUCUGACAUGUCUUCAGAUGAUUCUAGACACAUGGCUAAUGGGCCUAGACUCAUCAUCUUUAAAGAAAAGCAUCUAGACAAAUGAACCUCUGCAAAAAUGAAGCAAUAAAGGAAAGCCUACAUAAAAAUACUAUCUAAGAGUAUUAUUUCAUCGACGUUUUUGUUUAGCCCUCAAUUUUUUGAAAAAUGCUCCCUUAUCUCAAAAUGGAAUUAAAUUACAUAUUUUUGGCAUUUUCAUACCAAUCUGAGCACCCAUUACAUUUAUAGUACUUAAAAAAUAAAUCUUGCUUCAUUUUUGCUUGAAGUUUUUGUCUGUUAAUGCGAGAAUAGUGAUCUCUACCUGUGAGACCCAUGAGUUCUCAGCAAUAAAUCUCUCCAUACGGUUUAUAUCUUUCUCAAUCUACAAAAUAAGCAUGUAUAUAAGCUGCAUAUACAUCACUUAUACCCAGAGCUAUUGACUUGAAAUCUGGGGGAGUCAUUUAUGCAAAAACUGCCAUUUGUGAGAAAGCUAGUCUGAAUACUUCUUGCAUUCUUUUUAGCCAGAAUAAUGCAAAGUACAGAAUGUUUAUAUUACAGCAACAAUAUCAGCUUAUAUAAUGUAUUAAGAUUUCAAUACUUGUCUCGCUACACUCAUACAUUGUCAAAUGUACAUAGACACUGUACUAUAUAAAGACAACAUGAAGUAUUGAAGGAUUCAUAUUUUAGUUUUACGUAAUUAAACAGUAAGCUCUAUGUAAUGAUAUUCAAAUUAUGCUUUUCCAUAAUAGAAGUAUGUGUUAAAUUUAUUACAUGAUACACCAUACCAGAUAUAUUACACAAACUGAUAUGCUAUAAU